AUGCACUACAGCCUUUCGUUCUUGAGCGUGCCGGUUUCGUCACUUUUGCUGCUCCCUCUGGCGGUUGCACAGCAGAACUUCGACUGGGGCAAGGCAAUUUCACGGACAGGAUGGAAUGUUACCGCCGACAGUUUCCAGACCGGCAAUGAGGCAGCCAAAGCCAUCGAUGGCAACACGAGUACCUUCUGGCACACUCAGUAUGGCGAUAGUGUAGCACCCCUGCCCCACUAUAUCCAAGUUGAUCUCACCAAGAGCUUCGUGGUGAAUGGCAUAUCCUAUCAGCCCCGGCAGGAUGGUAACCGGAACGGCGAUAUUGGCCAGCACACGAUCACCUUGAGCAACGACGGGAUUACGUGGACGGACCCGGUGGAGUUUGGUAACUACCUCAGCGACAAGACAACCAAGUACACAUUCUUCUCACACGCCAGCGCCCGCUAUGUCCGCAUCACGGCACAGAGCGAGGCCCAGGGUGCUGGGAACCAGUGGUCCAGCAUGGCGGAGCUGAACGUCUAUAGUCCGGACACGUCACUGAGCGGGGACACGUUCGCGCCCCCAGCGCCGUCGACAAAGGGCCGCUGGGACGCUACGGUGAGCUUGCCCAUCGUGCCGGCGGCAGGCGCCAUAUCCGGGGACAAUACGGUCAUCUUCUGGUCGGCGUUCCGGCCGGAUCUCUUCUCGGGUGGCACGGGCCUCACGGAGACGGCACUGUGGGACCCGCGGGGCCAGGCCGUGUCGGAGAAGACGGUCACCGACACCAAGCACGACAUGUUCUGCCCGGGCAUCUCGAUGGACGCCAACGGUGUGAUCGUCGUCACGGGCGGCAACGACGCGGCCAAGACCAGCGUCUACAACCCGGCGAAUGGCGCCUGGACGACCGCCGCCCAAAUGAAGCAGGGCCGCGGAUACCAGGCGUCCACGACAAUCGCCGACGGCCGCGUCUUCACUAUUGGCGGUUCCUGGAGCGGCACGCGGGAUGGCGGCAAGAACGGCGAGAUUUACGACUCGCCGACGAACACUUGGCAGGCUCUUAACGGGUGUCCCGAGUCCGUCAUCUUCACGAAGGACAAGGGGGGGAUCUACCGGAAAGAUAACCAUGCUUGGUUGUUCGCCUGGAAAUCCAACUCGGUGUUCCAUGCAGGCCCAAGCAACGCAAUGAACUGGUUCAACGUCAGUGGCACAGGGUCCUAUAAAUCGGCAGGAACUCGCCUCACGGCGCCGGACAUGAUGUGCGGGACCGCCACCAUGUACGAUGCCGUGAACGGCUACAUUCUCGCCGCGGGUGGGUCGCCAGACUACGAAGACUCGACCGCCACCACGAAUGCAUACACCAUCAAGCUGGGUAACGUCAAUGAGAACCCCAAGGUCACACAAGUGGCCAGCAUGGCAUUCCCGCGGGCUUUUGGCGUCGCCGUCGUGCUGCCUGACGGCAAGACCCUAGUCUUCGGCGGGCAGUCGUGGGCCGACCCCUUUACGGACACCACGGCGGCCCUGCCCGCCGAGCUGUACGAUCCGGGGACCAGCCGCUGGACCACGGUCGCGCCCAUUGCCAACCCACGGACCUACCACUCCAUCGGUUUGCUGCUGCCGGACGCGACGGUGCUCAGCGGCGGCGGCGGGCUCUGCGGCACGGGGUGUGUGCAGAACCACUUUGACGCGCAGGUCUACAGCCCGCCGUAUCUGUUCAACUCGGACGGCAGCCGGGCCACGCGGCCCGUCAUCAAAACCGUGUCGGCGAUCCAGCUCAAGCCGGGGUCCGUCCUGACCGUGGCGACCGACGUAGCGGCCACCUUCUCCUUGGUCCGGUACGGGUCGUCCACGCACACCGUCAACACGGAUCAGCGGCGGGUGCCACUCUCGGCGUCGCCCAUCGGCUCCCUCAACUACAACAUCACGUUGCCGAGCGAGCCGGGUGUGCUGCUCCCCGGCUACUGGAUGUUGUUCGCGCUGAACUCGGCCGGCGUGCCCAGUGUGGCUACGCAAAUCAAGGUGUUGCUGCCAUAG